AUGGAGGAGGCGAAUGAGAUCAUGUCGCUCCGGGAUGCCUUGGAGAUUGCACGAAGCAAGGGAGUAGAUGUGAUCCUCAUCAACGAGGAGCCAGACCCUCCGCUUGUGAAGAUCUUCAGCAUUGGCAAAUAUGUGUAUGCGGAGAAGAGGAAAGCAAAGGAGCUGGCCAAAAACAAGGUUCCAAAGAUAAAAGAGGUGAAGAUCACCUACACGAUCGGAGAUCACGAUUUGAAUACGAAGCUGAGGAAUAUCGAGAGAUGGCUCGAGAACAAGAAGCAGCAGGUCAAGGUGCAGUGUGUCAUGAAGGGCCGUACCAGGAUGUUCGAGGGCCAAGCCAGGGAGCUUAUGGAACGAGUCCGUCGCGAGGUAGCCCACUUCGCCAAAGUUGCCGGUGCGGACAAGGGCAAUCCCACCGUCACCAAAGACGGCCGAGGCGACCUUAUCAUGAUGCUGAACGCCGGUCCUGACACGGCGAUACUAAAGCAGCUGGUGGAGGAAGCCGGUGGAAAGAAGGCUUUGAAACGUCAAGCUGAGGAGGACGAGGACGAGGACGAGGAGGAAGAAGAGGAAGAAGAGGAAGAAGCAGAGGAGACGAGCGAUGAGAUCAAGGCUAUCGAGGCAGAGAUCAAGGACAUGCGCGAGGAGUUGAUCGAUUGCGGCAUCAGCCCGGGUCAGGUAAACACAGAGCCGGAGAUGCAGGACUUGUUCAAGCGACUGGAUCAAGCCAAGAGCAAGCUGGCUGCCGCAGCAAUGGCCUCGUUGUCACCGCGAAGGCAGCAGGUGGCGUUCACGGCUUCAGCACAUGCCCUCCUCAACUCCCCGACUCUUCGCCUCCGGUGA